GGGGUUUUGCUUUUCCUGGCCAGCUGACCUAUCAUCAUGCUCAGCUGUAGGGGCCCUGUAGGUGAUGCACACGCAGAGGGGAGAGGAGACACUCACCGUUGAAGUCAUCAGCACUGCGGGGGACCCGCUUGCCUUUUGACAUUUGGCACCACUAAUUGCUAGUCUCAUUAAUUAAACUACCUGUGAUGGUGCAAAGUGUAGAGGGGGCAUUUACUGCUGCGCUGUGAACUACUGCUACUUUCUGCAUCUCUUUUGUUCCAAGCCAACGUUCACCAUGACAACGGAUAGAGACACCCGUUGGACCCAAUGACAGGCGACAAGGAAAAGAGGAGGGCGAUUAGCCGCGAGGCAGCCAGAAGGAGGCGACGGGUGGAGUCCGAGGUGUUUGAAGAUUUGUCUCGCCUCCUGCCGCUCGAACCGGCUGUCCAAGCUCACCUGGACAAGCCCUCUGUGAUUCGCCUCACCCUCAGCUACAUACGCAUGCACACGGUGCUCAAAGGAGAGACUCGGACAAAAGCAGAGGUCAGUCAAAUAGCAAAAUAUGCACAAGCGAUGAGAGGUGGAGAUGAACUUCGCAGCUGUGAUGGCGGACGUGAGGAGGUGGAGGAUGCGGAGGCCUCGGGGGAGAUAAACUUGUACCUGAGGAUUCUGGAGGGAUUUCUGAUCGUCUUAUCCUCUGAAGGAGACAUGAUCUACCUGUCUGACAACGUCAGCAAGUACAUGGGUUUGACACAGAAUGAGCUGAUUGGACACAAUAUCUUUGAGUUUACUCACCCUUGUGACCACGACGAAAUCAGAAAUAAUCUACGUCUAACAGCAGAGGAGGUUUGGUCGGGUGCAAAGAGGGACUUUGUUGUGAGGAUAAAAAGUGCUCCGACAUACAGAGGAAGAAGCGCCAAUCUCAAGUCAGCUACGUGGAAGGUUCUCCACUGCCAGGGCCGAGCGAAAGUGUGUGUUGUCUCGUCUUCAGUUUCCUGCCUGCUGCUGACCUGCCAGCCUCUGCCCCUCUCACACACACUCCUCAGCACACACACCUUCACCAGCCAGCACAGCAUGGACAUGAGGUUCACGCACUGUGACCAGAGAAUUACUCUGCUUUUAGGUUACAGUGCUGAGGAGCUUCUGGGUCGUUCCAUCUAUGAUCUCUGUCACACACUGGACGUAAACCAUUUGGCCAAAAAUCAUCUAAACUUGUGUUUUAAGAGUCAGUCCGUCAGCGGUCAGUACCGGAUGCUGGUGUCAGGUGGAGGUUACGUUUGGGUGGAGACUCACAGCGCCGUCAUCCCCAGCGUCCGGCCAUGCAAGUCCAGACCUGGAGCCCACCAGCCGCUCUGCAUCCUCUGUGUGACCUAUGUGCUCAGCGGAGUGGAGGAGCCAUCCUUGCAGCUCUCUGUGGACCAGAUGGUACACAUUCAAGUCUGAAGAACAGUCUGCGAAGCCGGCAUCUCCAAUGAAACCACAACAAUCCUCUCUACCUCCAUCUGAGAAUUAUUACCACUUACAAUCAAACGUUUAAUAAACACAAAACUUUUGCCUUCCAAACUACUUUCGGUGUGUUUUUGUCAAACACUGAUAUUUCUGUUUAGUAUUCGGGUAAAGCUAUGAAAAUUUUGAAAAAAUCUGUCAAGACUUGUGUACCAGACAAUUGAACCAAAUCUUGGGAAAUGAUUGUUCAAUUUAAAGCUUCACAGUCAAGUUUUUGGCAAAAUUGUUUCAGUAGCCCCAGUUUUGCCUUGCCGUUAAAACAAAAUAGAAAGCGUUGGGUGCAGACUGUGGUUGACAGACAGUUGACGGGGCGUUGUGAGAGUUGAAAUAUGUUGACGAAAGCAGGCACUGUGACUUUUCCCUGACCUUUCUGGGCCUGACCUCACUUCCUUUGGGGUUUCCUUUUGAGCCACCUAACACGUGGCGUGACAACUGACUGUCAAACUUAAUGUACGCACACACACAUACACAAACACACACAUACACAAACACACACAUACACAAACACACACAUGCACAAGCACACAGCGUUGUGCUGAUGAGAAGAUGUGAGCACAAGUCAAAGCCACAGCUUCCUGAAAGAAACACUUGAUAGGAAAGUUCUCGUGGGAACUUAUUUAACUUUUUACCUCUUGACUUCUGAAUUCACACAAACGCACAAGCACACGCACACACACACACACACACACACGCACCUACACUUUUUUCAGAUUUCAGUUCUAUUGGUUUUUUGAGAAAACACACAUUCCUACCUAUACAAAAGUAUAGCUAAACCGUUAGCAUUUAGGUACUUCCCUUGAGUAUCUCCCUUUCAUGCUAUUUUAUACUUCUACUUCAAAACAUUUCAAAGAAAAAUAUAGUAGCUUUGUCUAAGCUACAUUAAUGUGAUAACAACAGUUACAAGUUACUUUGCAGAUACACAACAUGUAAUGAGCUCAUGAAUCAGCAACUCACACAGAUAUGCUCUGAAUUCCACAUAAACACAUGUGUAUAAUGUGCACAGCCUACAACUCCCUCCAUCCUCAGUGAGAAUUUUGAUGAAAGGUCCUUUCUUGAUAUUGGUGUCCUUUUCUGGUUAGAGACACACCAAGCACCAUACAACACACACACACUUUGGUCGUUUUGUUUACAUUACAAUUAGAAGACCCUUAAAUCGUAUGUGACUGGGUCAUGUGUGGUGGGGUAAGAACCUGCUUCCCCUCAACACCAGUUUAGGGCCAAUAGAAAUCUUUCCUUUUCUGUCUUACAAAAUGUUAUAAAACAUGAUAUUCUUCCUGAUGUUUUUCUUCCGGCCUGCGGGCUGACAGAAUUGCUCCUGCCUUUGCAAACGCAGCGCUAAUACUUGACCUGUGAUCUGACAAAUAAAUCUUCCAGAACGAGAGAAGUUGUUCGGCU